AAGCGCGCUGUAGGCGAAGCGCGCGCUGUAGCCGCCUGCCCCUCUCCCUGCGGCGCUCAGCACAGUGCUCCGCGCCGGGCGCUCAGGAGACCGAAUUCCAGAAGACUUUAGCGUCCAAGUGCUGCAACCCAAGAUGCCGGCGGCCUGCGACUCCGUGCUGGACGACAUCGAGGACAUGGUGUCCGGGGAAAGCCCGGAGCCUCCCCGGCGGCGCGGGCCCCGAAGAGCCGUCGUCCCCCGGGCGCGGAAGCGAAACGCGCAGAAAUCCUCCCGGGACGAAGACCACCCACCGAGCGACAGCACCAUCCCCGGCAUUCAGAAGAUCUGGAUCCGAACCUGGGGCUGCUCGCACAAUAACUCCGACGGAGAAUACAUGGCCGGACAACUCGCCGCGUACGGGUACACGAUUACAGAAAAUGCCGCAGAAGCAGAUUUGUGGUUGCUGAACAGUUGCACGGUAAAAAGCCCAGCAGAAGACCACUUCAGAAAUUCAAUUAAGAAAGCCCAAGAGGAAGACAAGAAGGUGGUUUUAGCAGGGUGUGUCCCUCAAGCCCAGCCACGCCUAGACUACAUGAAAGGACUCAGCAUUAUAGGGGUUCAGCAGAUCGAUCGGGUGGUAGAAGUUGUGGAGGAGACGGUUAAAGGUCAUUCCGUGCGGCUGCUGGGUCAGAAGAAGGAUAAUGGAAAGCGGAUGGGGGGAGCGCGAUUGGAUUUGCCAAAGAUUAGGAAAAACCCACUGAUAGAAAUCAUCUCCAUCAAUACGGGGUGUCUCAACGCGUGUACCUAUUGCAAAACCAAGCACGCCAGAGGAAAUUUGGCAAGUUAUCCUAUCGAUGAACUAGUGGAGAGAGCCAAACAGUCUUUUCAAGAGGGGGUCUGUGAGUUAUGGCUGACCAGCGAAGACACGGGGGCUUACGGCCGAGACAUCGGCACGGAUCUGCCCACCCUCCUGUGGAAGCUGGUGGAAGUCAUUCCCGAGGGCGCCAGAUUGAGACUUGGCAUGACCAACCCCCCCUACAUUUUAGAGCAUUUGGAGGCAAUGGCCAGGAUCCUCAGCCACCCCAGAGUCUACGCCUUCCUGCACAUCCCCGUCCAGUCAGCCUCCGACAGCGUGCUCAUGGGAAUGAAACGCGAGUACUGCGUGGCCGACUUCAAGCGGGUGGUGGAUUUUCUGAAAGAAAAGGUCCCGGGAAUCACCAUCGCCACAGACAUCAUUUGCGGCUUCCCCGGGGAGACGGAUGAAGACUUCCAAGACACGGUGAAACUGGUCGAGGAUUACAAGUUCCCCAGCCUCUUUAUCAACCAGUUCUACCCACGGCCCGGGACCCCCGCCGCAAAAAUGCCGCAAGUUCCCGCGCAAGUGAAGAAGCAAAGGACAAAGGAACUGUCUCAACUGUUUCAUUCCUACAAUCCAUAUGACCACAAGAUUGGCGAGAGGCAGCAGGUUUUGGUGACAGAAGAGUCCUUUGAUUCCAAAUUUUACGUUGCGCACAAUCGAUUCUAUGAACAGGUUUUGGUGCCCAAGAACCCACAGUUCAUGGGGAAGAUGGUCGAAGUGGACAUUUAUGAAUCAGGGAAGCAUUUCUUGAAGGGGCAGCCAGUGUCUGAGGCCCAAGUGUACACACCGUCCAUCAGCACACCACUGCCCAAGGGAGAGGUUUCCGGUUUAACUGAGGAAUUCAAGCAGGUGCUGGAAAACGGCUCAGGCCCCAAAGCCCACCCUGGGGCGGCGAUCCGGACAGCACCUCAGAGGCCGGGAGGGGUGCGACAAGAUGGCAGGCAGGCAAUAUUGACUGUCAUCCUGAUUUUACUUGCCGUCCUUGUUGCCCUGGUUUUGAAGACCUACCAGUAACGCCUCAGCCUUCCCAAGAAAGACCAGCAGCCAUGAUCACCUAAUAAAAGAGUGACGUUUUCUCCUCAUCCCACCCGCCACUCCUUCCUCCACCCGGAAACACGGGCCCUGCCUUUACUCCGAGAAUUGUUGUCCGGGGAUUUGGUCCCGAGCCCCCCCGGGGGUGCCGCCCACAUCAUCCCCUCCAAGUUCUUCCACUCCGGAUCUGUUUUCAGCAAGGGAUUCAGGCGGCGAUUCCCUGCACGUUAUCAAUUCGCGGCCGGAAGGGUCCCGGCGGAGGGAAGUGUCUGAAGAAAACGUCGGGCCUUUGUAUGCGAAGGAUUUUUGAAGCUUUAUUAAAAGUUGGAGAAAAAAAUCACCCCUUCCCCGUCAUCAUUUGCAUUCACCCAACCCCUGGAAUGUCAAUGGGGAUCAUCUGUCUGACCACCACCAACCUGGUCGCUUUCUGACUCGGCACAUAAAAGCCCGGGCAUUUAUUUCCACCUCUAUAACCGUCGGCUAUAAUGAAGAGAUCGACUUUUUCUAUAAAUAGAGAGAACAUCAUUAUUUUCCAACUAUUAUAAAGCAUAAUAAAUGGAAUGUUAUUAUAGUUAAA